GGUGUCCUGUAAAACGGACUCCAAGGUUACAAAGAAAGAGACGGCAGUCCGGUACUUUAGUGAGUGAAACAGGAAUUGUUAUUGGUGUAUCAGACAAAGGUAGAUUCUCCACAUAUUUCCAUGCUCUGAUGGAGGUUAAUUUGGCGGUGGCAGAGUUGCGAUAUGAGGAUUGAUUCAAACCUCCUCCCAGUCUCAGAACUCAGUCCUCCUCCUCAUCCUCAACUCUGGAGACUGCAUCCUCUUCUUCUCUACAUCCCCUCAGCAGUCCCACAUCUUCUGCCAAGAGGAAGAAACUCAAAGCAAAAAGAGAUAAAGAGAGAGGAGGAGCCGUGCCCAAGAGAUCCACCACUGCUCAGCGGAGGAGCCGUGCCCAAGAGAUCCACCACUACUCAGCGGAGGAGCCAAGCCCAAGAGAUCCACCCCUGCUCAGCGGAGGAGCCGUGCCCAAGAGAUCCACCACUACUCAGCGGAGGAGCCGUGCCCAAGAGAUCCACCCCUGCUCAGUGUACAAGUGAGAGCAACUCCUUAUGUCUCAGAGCCCGGCGUCUUCCUCGGAUGUGACUCCGUCUUCUUCCUCGGCCUCAGUGGCCUCUGCUUCCCCUCCAUCUCUGGGACUUCCAUGACCACUGCCGGGAGUGAUCCUGAAAAGGGGGAUCCUAGUGGAACUAAUGUCAAAAUGGAGGAUAUACUGUGGUUACACAGAGCUGUCACUGUAUCCAAAAUCC